AACAACGAACCCAACAACCCAAACCACCGUGAUAAGCUCUCCCACCUUGCACAUUAUUAUCUCCGCACUUCAUCAUCAGUAGCAAAAAGGAAGUAAUCUGUCCGUGCUGAAAUCAAAUCCAAGCUACCGGUAGUAAUCUAAUCAUGUUCAUGAUGAAGGUGGUUUUCUUGGCGCAGUGCGCUCUUUCAGUGUCAGCAUUUGUCACUCCUUCUUCCAAUAUACAUGUUCGACCUACCAACAAUAUCCUCCAGUUGUCCAUGGCUCAAGAUCCAACACAUGCCCACCACGAACAAGAUCGUCGAUCUCUCUUGACUAAUCUUAUCCUUACAGGAACACUGUUCCUUCCCACCCACAGUGCCUUGGCGGAGGAAGCUCCAGCAACGCCGCCCAAAUCCAAAAAAGUCGUCGUCCUGGGAGGCGCUGGCUAUGUCGGAUCUCGUGUGACGACUCUGUUGGCGGCCCAAGAUGGCAUUUCCGUUGUCUCGGUAUCUCGAUCCUCCCCCGCCGAUCAAGCGGCUAAAAUCAAAGCCAACACGGGUCAAUCAGUACCGUCCAGUCUGGAAUUUGCGUCGCUCGAUGCUCUACAAGACGAUUUGAGUUCUGUCAUGAAGGAUGCAUCGAUUGUCGUAUCCUGUGUCGGCAUUGCUCCCUGGGAAAAAUCCACGGCACGAGCCGGCAAUGGAGUGGCCAAUACCCGCAUUGCCGAUGCCGCCAAGGCAGCCGGGGUCGAAAAGUUUGUCUAUGUCGGCGUCGAUACUCAAUUCUCCAAUGGACCCGGCAAAUUCUUGUUUUCGGAAUACAUGAAAGGCAAAGCGGAAGCCGAAGCGGCCGUGCUCAAGGAUUUUGGUAGCGGCAGCGCCGUCUUUAUCAAACCAGGACUCAUUGAUGGAGCACCACCGGGAGAAAUUCGACCACCGGCUCCUCCAGGAUUGGCCACAUUGUCACCCGAUGCGGUGGCCAAGGCCGUCGUGGCAGCAGUGUUGGGAACCGUCAGUGGUUCCGUCGAUGGAUACGAUGCCAUUAUGGCCGCGGCCAAGUAGCUAGCCAUCGAUCUUUUGCGCCAAAUCGUUGCCAGAUAGUACUAUAGAACUAUAAAAAAGCCCUUGCUGACACACGGGUAAACUAUAAUCCGUACAGGACAUCAAGGGCAACAUUCUCGUCUCAACCAUGCAACUUGGCUCGCGGAUGGAAACUUACCGGCACCACGGCUUUUAAGCUAGCUAUAACCAAUAAAUAACCUGCCUAGCUAGCG